AACUAUCGCGGCAUUAUAUCGUGAAAUAUAAAAAAAAAUGGAAAAAGUAUUAAAUGCGUUAAAUGCAAAAAUAAUUGCUGCGAACAAGUUCGAAGAUAUAAUUACUAAAUAUAAAGCUUUACAGACAGAUGAAGAACGUAUAAUAUUUACCCUUAAUUGUAUGUUAGAAUAUGAUAUAAUUCCUGAGAUAUGGGGCGGAAUGAAAGAUGCAAAAGAGUCUGAAAGUAAAAGAGAACUAGCUAAUCAGCUCUAUAUUAAAAGUACAAUAGACAAUUCUGUAUAUGUUGAUUUAUUGAAAUUGUAUACCCAAUCCAUAGCUUAUGCCCCUAAUCCUUCCAAAGAACUUGCUUUAGCUUAUGCCAACAGAUCUGUUAUGUUCUUAAAAUUUCGUAAAUAUGAAGAAUGUAUUCGAGAUAUAGAGAGGUCAUUGCCAAUUAGUAAUUCAGACAAUUUACGUGCUAAGCUUUAUGUAAGAAAAGUUGAAUGUUUAUGUGCACUAAAGCAUCCUGAUACAAAUAAUACUAUAAAGGAAACAGAAUGUUUGUUGAAAGAAAUGUCAUUAGAUGAUAAUUAUCGUGAAAAAUUAAAUGAAAAAUUAAUUUCUAUAAAGAAAAUGAAAAUACCUAAUAAAGCAAGCAAAAUGUCAAUCACCAAGUCAUGUCAAUCACCAUUUCAUAAAAUAAAGACUUACAAUGUUGAAUUUCCUUGUGCAUCUGAUGCUGUAGGUGUAAAUUAUAAUGAAGAGUAUGGUAGACAUGUUGUAGCCACUUGUAACAUAAAUGCUGGUGAAGUACUUGUAAUAGAAAAGCCAUAUUCAUCAUUGUUAGCUUUUGGAAAUAGGCAUACACAUUGUUCAAAUUGUUUAAAGGUUUGCUGGGCUCUUAUACCUUGUGACCAUUGUAUUUUUGCUAUGUAUUGUUCAGAAGAAUGUAAGACUUCAGAAUGGGAAAAGUAUCAUGAUAUGGAAUGUGCAAUAGUGCCACAUAUGUUGAAGAUGAAGUUUAAUAAAUUAGAUGUAUUCAGUUUAAGGCUUGCCAUUCAAAAUGUCAAAGAAGCCACAAGUAUACCAGACUUAAGGGAAGAGUUAAAAGAAGUUGAUAGUUGUAAUGAUCCUCGUACAAAAGGUUUUUCUAAGAAUGGAACCUUCCCAAGUGAUAAAUACAGAAGUGUAUUAGGUCUAGUAACAAAUACUGAAAAACGUUCAGUACAAGAUUUAUUUAGAAGAUCUCUAGAUUCAUGCUUUAUUUUGUAUUAUUUAGCAACAUGUACUAAUAUGUUUGGAACUCCAUUAAAAAAGAAUUUGUCUGAGCUAAUAAAAUAUUCAAAUGUCACAUUUGUUGGUGGUCUUAUAUUAAGAUAUCAGCAAGUGGUUCCUUCAAACAUGCAUAGUGAUAAUGAAGUGUGUGGACUAGAAUAUCGUGAACAUGGUUCUGUAGCCUUACCAUUUGCAAGUUUGAUGAAUCAUAGUUGCAAUGCAAAUACUACAGGAGUUUCUAGCUCUGGGCAUAUGAUUAUAUAUGCCCUGUAUCCUAUUAAGGAAGGUGAGCAGAUAUUUAGCGAAUAUGGUGCACAUUAUGCACUUACACCAAAAGUUGCUAGACAAAAAGAACUUUUAAAACAGUAUUAUUUCGAAUGUAAUUGUAUAGCGUGCCAAGAGAACUGGCCAGUAUAUUUGAAUCUGAAAUCUUAUAAAGAUAUAGUUAAAGAAGAGGAACACCGGCAUAAAAUUCAUCAGGCUUUGAGGAAGUUUACAAAAUAUUUCAAUAUUCUUACGGAGGGAAAUAUAUUGGAUAGAUAUAUCGGUCAAGAUCUGUUAAGAAUGAUCAAAGUAUUAUAUGAAUUGGUACCAUCCCCUUGCGUAGAAAUGUGCAACGUAGUAGAAUGUGUGAAACGUUUCUAUGAUUUGCAUGGUAAUCGAUUCGAUGAGCUUAGGCUUUAGGUUAACAUAAUUAAUCCAAGAUGUACUAUAUGUGUUUUAAGUGUGAGUGUGAUGUAUGAAAUAUAUCGAUACGCGACUAACAAAUAUAUUUGAAAGUAGUAUAGUAUAUACUG